AUGUCCAUCAGAGCUGUUCGGGAACCGGCCAACGCCAAAGUUGAUAUUGUGUUUGUUCACGGCUUGCAUGGCGACCAAGCACCGUGGACGUCCGAGGCGGAUGUCUUCUGGCCCGACAAGUUCCUCCCAGCCAAAGUACCCGACGCAUGCAUCCUGUCUUUCGAUUAUCAAGCGUCUAUCGGUUCUUUCUUUGACGAGGACGACGAAAUCACUGACAUUUCCAGCGAUCUGAUCAACGAGCUGAUGGACCAUCGAGCUGAGAAACAAAAGGAAGAAAGACCGAUCAUUUUUGUCGCACAUUGUCUCGGUGGCACUGUUUUGGAGAACGCGCUAGUACGAGCUGCCGAACAUCCCAGGAAAAAAGAGCUCAUCGGCUGUAUCUACGGUAUAUUACUGCUAGGGACACCACAUUUUCAGGCGGGAUCACUGGCGGCAGCCACAAAGUAUUUCCAAGUGGCUCAGGCGGAGAUCCCGAGUGAGUCGGACCUGAAAGACCGAUUAGAGCGUCUGAGCGCCAUCCCGCAGGCCUAUGCCGGCCUCAAACAAGCAGGGGCUGAGUUCGAGGUGGAGGGUUUCUAUGCCGGAGCCGGCACCAAGCUAGGCGGCAAGGACGUGAAGAUCGUUGAUGAGGGGUUGGCCCGAAGCCCGGAAGCUCCUCCCCCUGAGCGGCUGGCGCGCAAUCAGCUACGAUUGAGCCAGUAUGACAGCGAGGAUGACAAGGAUUUCAAGAAGGUGUCUCGUGUUCUUACCCAAUGGGCGUCCAAGAUUGUUCUUCCGGAGGAGGAUAAAGGGGCGCAAAAUGUGUCGAAUGCAACAUUUUCGGGCUCCCACAAUUCCGGUUUGCAGCUGGGGCAGAAUGUUGGCACCCUAAAGGGGUUCAGCUUCGGAAGAGGUUAG